GUCACGCGUAUUUACGGUAAGUGGGUCUGUGUGAGGAAACGAAACCUGAAGCGCCUCGGUGAAGUUCAGAGCUGGGAGAGAAGCUGCUGCUCAGCAACCUGUGACGUUCUCCAUCAUGGCAGAAGUGACCGACUCUGUGGCUCUGCUGAGCCUUGAAGACGAUCUGACCUGCAGCAUCUGCUUGUGCCCUUUCGAUGAGCCGGUGAGUCUGAACUGCGGUCACAGCUUCUGCCGCAGGUGUCUGGAGGAGACGUGGAACAGCGCGAGCUCCUAUUACUGCCCACACUGCCGCGCUCACUACCUCACCAAGCCAGAUCUGAAGAAGAACACGGUGCUCAGCGCAGUGGUCGACACCUUCAGGGCCAAAGCUGGAGCAGGGUCAGAAGGAGGGAUGGACGCCAGCUUCGGUGCUGGUGGUGUGUCGCGCACAUCACGCCCUGAGCCCAAGCCCAUCAUGUGCGACAUGUGCAACGAGGCCAAGGCGGUGAAAACAUGUCUGACAUGCAUCACGUCAUUCUGCACAGAGCAUGUCCGCCCUCACCAGGAGAACCCUCUGUUCCGUGCCCACGAGCUCUGCGAGCCGCUUUCCGACCUCGCUGAGCGGCUGUGUCCUGAUCACGGGAAACUGAUGGAAUUCUACUGCGCACGCCAUGAGAGGAGCAUCUGCAGCAGCUGUUUGCAGCAGAGUCACAAGGAGUGUGGAUUCUCCACCCCCAACGAACAGCGCAUGAAGAUAGAGUCUGAGCUGCAAGACAAGCUGAACAUUCUGGAAAGGAAAACGGAGAAGAACCAGCUGGUCAUAACGCAGAUGAGGGAGCAGCAAGCGAAGCUCAAGGAAAUGGCGGUGAUGCGUAAACGCGCUCUGGAGGCGGAGUAUCAGCAGAUCCGUGAGCUGCUGCUGAAGGACGAGCAAGAGGCCAUAGACGCUGUGGAGAAAGACCUGGAGACCGGCAACAGCAAGCUCAACACCCUCAUAAAGAAAUUCAGCCAGAACAUCGAGAAGAUGAGCUCCACCAGAGCUGAGAUCAACAACCUGCUGGCCAAAUCCCACUCUCUGGAUUUCUUACAGGCGUCUGUUGAAAUGCCGUCUGUGGUGAACUUUGACCCUUACUCACCGCGAAUCAACCUGGACUCCAAGCGCACCAUCGCAUAUCACAGCAACAUCGUUAACCUGAAGGAGCAGAUUCAUAAAAUUCUGCGUGAGCCCGUGGAGAACAGGAUUUCCUUCCUCAAACCAGGUGCCGGUGGAGCUUCAGUUAAUCAGCCAAACCUGAAGGAACCAGGUUCUACCCUAGGUGAAGCUUCAGGAACCCCGAGCUCUGGAUCACAGCCCAAAGGCGCUCCUGGAGGAGCGAGAAAAAAAUCUCAGCCUAGGGAUAAAAAGGAGAACCGAGAUCACAAAGAUCACAAAGCAGAACGAGCUAAUAAAGGUUCUAAUAAAGGAAUGAAUCCAGCGUUAUCCAAGAGCAUGGACAAUCUGGAUAAUCUGACUAAAAGACCUUUUAUCGCAGUUCCGGUUGAUAUGAGUUCAGCAACCAUCAACGCUGCGACCAGAAGUGACCUGCUGAAGUAUGCUGCCACGCUGACCUUUGACAUCAGGACGGCGCAUAAACGAGUGGUGCUCUCUGAGCACAACACCAAGGCAUCUGUAUCAGACGAGCCGUCUGCAUAUCCAGACAUCCCGCCUCGCUUCACCGUGUGCUCGCAGGUGCUCUGUCAUCAGAGCUUUUCUCGCGGCUGCCAUUACUGGGAGGUCAAACUGAGCAGCAGUAACUUCUGUGGUUUGGGUCUGGCGUACGCCUCCAUCGAUCGGAAAGGUCCGUCUAGCCGCCUGGGCCGUAACGCGCAGUCCUGGUGCAUCGAGUGGUUUAACGUCAAGCUUUCGGCGUGGCAUAACAGCGGCGAGACCGUGCUGGCCAACCCGAACCCGAAGCGCGUCGGCGUCUUACUCGACUGCAAUAACGGUACCGCCACCUUCUACAACGUGCAGGACCGCGCGUACCCCUUGCACACCUUCGUCUUUCCUUUCUCUGAGGCCGUGUAUCCAGCUUUCUGGAUCUUCUCCAGCGGGUCGGCCAUUACCCUUUGCAAACUGAGUAAUUAACAGCGCUUUAUAACCGUGUGGUGGUGGGCGGCGGUAUACGGGUGUAAAUAACGUUAAAAAUAUAGUGUUCGGCAAAUUUGCUCUAAAAUAACUCGCAAUGUAUUCCUGGAAAAAAAAAAGGUUUAAAAAGAUUUUUCUCAUAACAAUCGAAACACUCUCUGGUGAUUGUAGGACGUUACUGAUGUUUCGUUUAAUGCGGUGGCUGAAGUUAAAGGUGCUGACUGCAUCUGAAACUUUCAAAUGUUUUUAUUGCACGUGGCGUUUUCCUCUGUCUUGCACGAACAAUCAUGCAGACGAACGGGAUGUGAUCAUUUUGAUCUCCUGAGGGUCAUUUUUUUUCUUCUCCAUUUUGGCAGUUUUCCUCCCUCUUGAGGUAAACAGGAAGCUUUAACUAAUUAGCAUAACCAAGACGGUGACGCCGUCGCCAAGAAGCCCGUGCACGCUAAGAUUGAUUCUAAGGUAGCUAAGCGCUAGCUAGAAUGAUUUCAUUAUCUAUCCAGUAAAACGACCCGUCCUCUAACCUUACUCUAUCUUGUAGUUGCACUCACUAGACGGGCUUUCUUUCUCUUUUCCGCUGGCUUUUAGCUGGUAGGAGAGCCGAGCCCGCUCAGACACGCCCCACAGUGGUCAUGUGAUGUGACCUAUUCUUGCUUGCUUGCUUCAGUGAUGUCUGGAAUUGUAAAACGUGGGAUGCUUUUUAUCUCGGCAAAACAUUUAGACACAGGAUACUGUGUGUGUGUGUGUGUGUGUGCUGCAGCACAACAUCUCAAAACUCCAACAGCAUUAGCAACAGAAAUGGAACGUUUUACCCAGAAUUCAACUUUGCAGUCAGAACCUUUUAACUCGCAAGGAGCUGUGAAUUGCAGAGCAAGAUCGCAGUUCACCUGACGUUCAUGCUGGCUACGUGCAAUUUUCUACGUUCAUCUGCAACAGGUGACAGCGAGCAUUUUCUCGGUUCUAAAUAAAUCGGAGAACGCGUUAAACAAGCAGCAAAUACAAACUUCUUGCGGUUCGACGUUUCUUCAGUUCCAUACUCAGAACUUUUAGUUCUGAUUUACUGUUUAAACCGCUGCAGAAAUUCUGUCAUACAGUAAACGCCUGUCGUUAAAUGUGUGUCGAGGUGUCCUGAAAACCCUUAGAAGGAAGUAGCAGAGAUCGCUGUUGGUUGAUCCAGAUCUCAUCCUGUAAGGAAGGCCACGCCCACUAGAGACAAACUACAAGGGAUAUGAGUGACUUGUCACAUUCUAGCGUGAACGCAGGAUAAAUCAGCUUGGGUUUGUAACUUUUGGAUGAGAUACAACACUACAGGUUUAAGACGAUAUUAACUGAUAUUUUUAUCAAUCGCCUGCCUGCCUGCCUGCUGUUCCUCGCUGAUGAUCAGCUCUUGUUUGUUCAUUGAGGUUUAAGCUUCACCCUCCACUUCACAAACAAGUUUUACUGCCAGUAGACAAACCAGGGCGAAGUCCACAGCUUGCGUGCUCGAGAGCAGAAAAAUCAAUAACCAGCUCGGUGACCGUGAUCAUGGAACAGCUGUGGGACAUGAACAUCUUACUUUACAUGUCUUACUUUACAUGGUGUGAAAGUUGGCACCCUGUUGGCAUUUUAUUGCCUUGAACGUAUGGGUGCUUUAUUUCUCUCACACACACACACACACACACACACACGACGUGCCACACCCCAGGAAGGACAUUACAUUCCUGGACUCGAGAGUGACGUCACAGUUUAAAAUGGAGCACAAACAGGCAUGUUCAGUUUUCAUUAAUAAUAAUAAUAUCAAUAAAAUCAGUGUCAUUAGAUUUCCCAAAUAUAAUCUGCUAAAGUGAAGUAUGGAAUUUGUUUUUUCCUCAAGAAAUACGUACAGUUUGUUUUAUUUUUUCACUUUCAUACGCUGACUUCUAAACAGGACUGAUUUUACCCUACAUGGAUCUGAGGGAUCCCGUAAGGAUUUCUCUUUAGGACGCUUUUUUCCGAGUUCACUCUUAGAAGAUUUCAAAGCCUUAAAGGUCUUUCAGUUGUCGAACCCCUUGAUGGUUUCAUGUAAAACCUGAGAACACAAGACAGGGUUCCAGCUGGAAUAGGUGAGUCGGUGCCAUGCGUGUCGUGUAAAAUAAUGAAAUUUCAGGAGUUUUCUUUUUUCCAGUCCAUAAAGGAAACCCUCUGGAGAAACCUUGGAUGGUUCUAUGUAUGUAGAGUUUCCUUUUAGAAAGGGCUCCAGUUUGAAGCACUUUCAGGAAACCAGUAACUCUUGAGAACCAUUUUGUUUCUGAGGGAAUGAUUUCCAGUGUCAUGUAGAGCUUUAAAACAUGGAAAGAACAACCUUUUUAGGAAGCUAAGAACCCUUCAUUAUCCAGUGACUCUUAAAGUGGAGAGGUGGAAUGGAGUAAAGAAGGGAGAGAAGAUUUAGCUCGGUUCUGUCAACUGAGUAAAGUUUUAAAAUCUGUAAAAUAAAAAAAAAUUCUGUUCUUAGAACCUUUAGAAACUUUAUAGGUUUUCUGUGUGAUGGACAAGAACCCCUCACUAUCAAGGGAACCUUUAUUUCUAAGGAUCUAGAUCCCAGUUGGACUGGAACUGGAACAGCUGUUUAUAGCUGCUCCAACUCGAUCCAUGGAGUGUGAUGGGAAUAAACCAGCUGUGCUCUUGUGUUAAUUUUGACCUCCUGAGCAGAUGCUGUGAAUUUGUUCUCCCGUCUUCACCAAAAUCAGACUGUGUAUUAGAGAGGAGUAAACACGAACACAGGCGUGCACUUACUUUUGUCCUUUCACACCCCAAAGCUGAGAUUGGAGCGUUUGUGUGCUGGAACGGUCCAUAUAUGGAGUGGGAGGUAACACUUUAUAGCAGCUAUAAACAACUUUUUUUUUUUUAUUAAUGUAACAUGACUGCAUUUUUGCAUUGACAUCGUGCUUUGUAGAAACCUCGUCGAGCAUUGUGAUUAGGCAUGUAACGGUUCAUCAAAUUCCCGAUACGAUUUUCCCAUGAUAUUUUUAAAGAAAAAAAAUUAAUAAAAAUAAAUGGAGAAUUUUAUUACCAAAAAUGCGUCAUUUGUUUUCCUAUUCUUUAUCAACUUAUUCCUUUUGUUAAAUAAAAACCUGUUUCAUUUUCUUAAUAACCAACAAUAAUUUCCCCACAGUUGUAAAUGUUUGAGUAAAAUAUAAUCACCUAUUAACUAAAACAUGACUUUCAUUUUUAAUAAAAGGAAUAAAUGAAUUCCUUUUAUGCAUGAACUUCUGUAAACGUUUGUACUUCCUCCAUUUGCUUCUCUUUUCUUCAUCUUUCAGCAGUCUGUAAAAAAAGAGCAAGAGAGCUCUGAUUUCUUGUUAUACUUUGUACACGGUAUAGCUGUGUUACUUCCACUUAUGGUGAAGUCGCUCAUCUUCCCGCUAUUGUAUGUUAUGUGCACUCUCUGCUGUCUAAACAGCUUGGAAAAACUAAGAUUCUUAUAUCUCAGCCUGGUACUCAUAAUUCAUUUUUUUUUUUAUUUCAAUUCACAUCAUAAAUUUGUAUUGUGAGUUAUCGUCGCACAAUAUAUCGUUACAUGCCUAAUUGUGAUUCCAUAUUUUUAUCAUAUCUUGUGGAAUGGAAAGCAGGAUUACUGAUUAUCGGGACAUGCCUGAUUUAUAAACGCUCCAUUGUAGACGAACACAUCUUUAAGGCUGUUUUGUCACGUUGAAGGCGUUUAAAAUUUAAAGUUUCUAUCUGACUAGCUUGUGAUUAAUGAGCUGUUAAGAUUCAAAGCUUUCAAAAUGUCCGGUACAACUUUAGAAAACGCUCGGACACCCGCUGAGGACUGUAUGAAUUUUGCGUUCAUAUGUGCUCCGAUUUCACCGAGAGCUCGCGUCAGACACGGCUGAUAAUUCCGUUUAGGACAGCCUCUGAUGAGCACGCAAACUGUGGAGCCUUUUCUUACUGAUCCAGGAUCAGCUCCAAACAGUCUGUGAUGAGAGAAACUGGAGAAGAAUCUCGUCUACUGAUGCUGUUCAGAAGCAGAACCCGGGCAGACUCGAUUAAUGAACGUGGCUUUGUUGGCUCUUGUGGGUUUGAUGCUUAAUAUUUUAUGACCUUUAGUUCCUUUUGAGGUGUUUGGUCUCAUUUUAUCCCUAUAUAACUAUAUGUGCAGUAUAUUGUAGUUAAAGUGUGUGCAGUGUAUUAAUAUAUUACAAUUCUACAUAACACAAGGGUGUGGGAAAGAUGCAGAAAUCUUCCAGUCUCGGGUCGACCUUCACUUCUGAAAUUCUCAUGAUGACGAAAUAAUGUUGUCUUUGGAUUUUUUUUUUUUUUCCCAUGAAGUACGAUUUCUGUGCGGUAGAUGAAUUCAUGAUAAAUAUUUUUUUUUUUUUCCUGGUGUAAUUGAUCCAGUUAAUCAGGACACACUGCUUUUGUUAAAUGUGAAUUAUACUCAUUUAUAUAACAAUCAUUACAUUGAGUCUGUAAUAAAUACAUUAAACUGUG